UCCAAAGACUUUCGACUGAACCGCGGCACUCACGGAAAUCACCCACCGAGGUAAAGGCGUUCUUGAGGUUCCCAUACUCAUCCUGGAAUUGAGAGGCACGAGUCUUCAUCACCUCGACGAUUUCUCGUUUGCCUUUCCUUUCCGCCUUACGGACAGCCCGCGCAUGAUCACGAGUAAGUUGCGCUUCUCGCUCCAACAUCUCGCCUUGCACGCAAGCGAGAUCUCGUUCUGCUUUCUCCGCUUUAAAACAAUAGACCAUUGCCUCCCUAUGGCUCGCUUCAAUGGCCGAGCCAAGCAAGUUGAGGCCCUGCGAAACCAGUUAACGCAUUGUAAGCAUAAAAGGAUCCUAGGCGAUCACAAAUAUUUUCGAAAAAAUCAUACCCCAUUGAUGAUUCGGGACCCUUCCGCGAUGACUUUCGGCCUUGCCGACUCUUUCGCAGGUGGAGGAGCAUCAAAACCCGGUGGCAGACCAGCAAAGGAAUCAUCGAAAUCCGGAAUAGGGACCUCGCUCGAGCCACUCCCGUCGCCAUAAGCAAGGUUCGGAUCCCAUCCUGGAAGCAUAGAAUCAUCCAUCAAAAAUUCUAUGUCACCAAGGUCGAUAUCCUUUCCCUUCCAAGAGCUCGACUCCGGCAUAGCUGCUGGAGCUACAACGGGAUCCUGGUCGUCAGGUUCGGAGUCGCUUCCUGCGUCCGCAACCGAGGCAGGACCAGGAUGCACGAACCUCAGUGCCUUCUGAAUCCUCUUCGGCGUAAAGGAAGUCCAAAAGAAGGGACCAUUCCUAAGAAGAUCCCUCACCGCAAUGAUGUCCUCGGGGAACGGAGCAAGAGGAUUGAUGAAAGGAUGAUUGUUCGGUAACCUCCGGAACAGUGAAAUGCAACUCUCUACAAGAAAGAAAGUCUUUUCUGACCGAGAUUUCGACCGAUAUUUUUUUGGUCGGAAAUUUCCGACAGAUUUCCAACAGAAAUCUGAUCCGACGGCUACAUAGUCGACAGAAAACGGUCAGACAUUUCCGACCGUUUUCCGACGAAAAUAAUUUAAAAUAUCAUCCGUCCGAAAUCUGUCGGAAAUCUGUCGGAAAUGUCCGACCGAACGUUGUCGUCGGAUAUCGGUCAGAAAUUUCCAACGGAUUUCUAACCAAAAUUCGAACGUUUUUAUAGCCUUUGGAAAUCGGUCAGAAACGGUCAAAAGUGGUCAGAAAUGUUACUUUAAAUAUCACGACGCCGGUCCUGGCUCAUUCACAGAUUCAUCUCUAAAAAACAAUUCUCUACAAUAGAAAAUGUCUUCCUCAAAUAUUAAUGAAUAUUUUAGGUCUUGGAUGGAUCACAAUCAUCAAGAUCCAUCUACUGGACUUUUGACAGAAGAAUUUGCGGAAGGUCUUCAACAAUUCAUGUCAUUUGCGUCAAACCAGCCGAGGACUUUGGAAACGGGUAAGAUGUACUGUCCUUGUCCAAUUUGUCAAAAUCGUAGAUUUGGUACAGUUAGUGGUGUAUGGAAGCACUUAUAUAGUAGAGGAUUUAUGGCGGGUUAUAAAGUUUGGUAUUCGCAUGGUGAAACUGAUUCUAUGGUGAAUUUCGGUAGUGCUAGUGAAGAAAAUAACAUGGGGGGGGGGGGGGGGGGGUAGGAGAACAACAAGGUGGCUUAGAUGAACAUAUAGGAACUGUUCAAAUGGUUAAAGAUAGGUAUAGAGUAGAGGAACCAAACUUUGAAGCGCAGAAAUUUUAUGAUAUGUUAGAUGCAGCAAAACAACCGUUAUAUGAUGGUUGUAGAGAUGGUAUUUCACCUCUUUCAGCUGCAACAAGGAUGAUGUCUAUUAAAACAGAUUAUAACUUAAGCGAAGAUUGUGUUGAUGCGAUAGCUGGUUUUGUGAAAGAUAUAUUGCCGGAAGAUAACCUUUCACCAGCUACCUAUUAUGAGAUACAAAACUUAGUUUCAGGGUUGGGUUUGCCCUAUCAAAUGAUAGAUGUUUGCAUCGACAACUGUAUGCUAUACUGGAGAAGGGAUGUUGAUCGUACUAGUUGUCGAUUUUGUCACAAACCACGGUUUCAAAAAACAAGUCGAAAGACUAAAAUCCCGUAUAAGAGAAUGUGGUACUUGCCAAUAACAGACCGACUAAAGAGGUUAUACCAAUCCAAACAUACCGCCGAUGCUAUGAGAUGGCAUGGUGAACACAACAGCAACGGAGAAAUUGCUCAUCCAUCAGACGCAACAUUUUCAGUCAGUGUAUCCUAGUUUUGCAUCUGAGAGAAGAAAUGUUUACCUUGGAUUAAGUACGGAUGGAUUCAACCCGUUCGGAAGCCAUGGGAGACAAUAUUCUCUUUGGCCAGUUAUUGUAACACCAUACAAUUUACCUCCAUCAUUGUGCAUGAAACGAGAGUUUCUCUUUCUCACAAUUCUAGUUCCUGGUCCUGCACAUCCUAAAAGAUCCCUUGAUGUCUAUUUGCAACCAUUGAUUCAUGAGUUGAAAAUGCUAUGGGCCGAAGGAGUUGAAGUGUAUGAUAUAUCUGCUAGGCAGAAUUUUAUAAUGCGUGCAGUGCUUAUGUGGACCAUAAGUGACUUUCCCGCAUACGGAAUGUUAUCUGGAUGGACAACACAUGGAAGAUUAGCGUGUCCCUACUGUCAAGAUAACACAGAUGCGUUUCAACUGAAGAAUGGAAGGAAGACAUGUUGGUUUGAUUGUCAUAGACGAUAUCUACCCCAUGACCAUCCGUAUCGAAAAAGCACCACUUUGUUUACUAAGAACAAAAAGGUGUUUGAUGGUCCGCCACCAGAAAUAGAUGGAAAAUCUAUCCUGACUCAACUCAGAGAUUUUGGUGUGGAAUCGACAGCUAAAUGUGGGGGAAAUGGGCAUGAUCCAGUUUAUGGAUAUGGCGAACAUCACAACUGGCACAAGAAAAGUAUUUUUUGGAAGUUGCCGUAUUGGGAGAACCAUCUACUUAGGCAUAAUUUAGAUGUGAUGCAUAUAGAGAAGAAUAUAUUUGACAACAUCAUGAAUACCAUUCUCAAUGUCAAGGAAAGACGAAAGACAACCUGAAGUCCAGAUUAGACUUGCCAGAUAUAUGUGCCCGGGAAUCUCUUCACGUGGAUGGGAGAGGAAGACUUCCAAUGCCUAUUUAUCGGUUAGAUGCAGCUGCAAAGCAAGAGUUCUUCGACUGGAUUAUAGAUAGCGUCAAAUUCCCAGAUGGAUAUGCGUCAAAUCUAAGGAACUGUGUUAAUCGCGAAGAAGGAAAGUUUUCUGGUUUGAAAAGUCAUGAUUGUCAUGUCAUGAUGCAGCGUCUUCUCCCAUUUUGCUUCGCUGGUCUUCUUCCAAAACAUGUACAUGAAGCAAUAGCAGGUAAAUUUAGUAUUUAAUAACUUCUUCACCUGUUACAUAGUAUCUUUUCAUAUCUAACAUAAUUUUUUCUUUGUUACAGGAAUAGCAGCUUUCUUUCGAGAUUUGUGCCCGAGAUCAUUAACAGCAGAUGGAAUUAGAAACUUGAAAGAAAUGAUUCCGAUAAUCCAAUCCAAUCUCGAGAAGAUUUUUCCACCUUCCUUUUUUGAUGUUAUGGAGCAUCUUCCAAUCCAUCUCGCUCGAGAAGCAGAACUUGGGGGCCCGGUUCAAUAUCGAUGGAUGUACCUGGUUGAGCGUUCUAUGUAUCAUUUCAAGCAGAAAGUGAAAAAUUUAAGCCGAGUUGAGGGUUCUAUUGUUUCACAAAGCAUCAAUGAGGAAACAUCCCAGUCGAAAACCAUCAAGACAUGAUGAUGGAGGGCAGAGAACAGUUUAUCCCGUCGAGGUGCCUACCAUAUUUUCCCAAAUUGGUCGAUUAAGUGGAAAAGGAAAAAGUAGAAGACUCACCGAACAAGAGCACAUGCACUUACAUAAGUACAUUUUAGCAAACUGCGAAGAAGUAAUGACAUACGAAAGGUAGUUAUGUUUUAGUAUGAUAUAUUAAGAAUCCUAUUUUGUAAAUAAAUUUGUAACUAAUUAUGAUUUCAAUGGCAGGAUUUACAUGGAGCAAAUAAGGGGUGCAUAUCCUAAUUACACUGAAGAUCAGCUUUCUGCACUAAAAGAAAACGAGUUUGUAAAUUGGCUAAAAUUCUAUGUAAGGUUUCUCUUGUCUAGAGGAGAUCCUAUUCAGCCAUGGUUAGAGGAGUUGGCCCUUGGUCCCAAAUUUGUUGCUGUGUCGUACCCGAUGUAUUGCACGCGUGGAUAUGCUUUUAAGAUUUUCAGCGAAAACACUACGCAGCCAACUAUAAAUCAUGGUAUAUCUGCUAGAUCUGGCGAAGUAAUCUACUAUGGUAUUUUGCGUGAGAUAUUGGAGAUUCACUAUCCGGGGAUCCUUAAUUUGAGGUGUGUUGCCUUCUUUGCUGAUUGGUACAACCCGAUCGUUGGAUAUGGUGUACGAAUUGACGAGUUUGGAGUAACAUCAGUUCAUUCCAGAAGAAGUCUUGCAAACUAUGAUCCGUUCAUUCUGGCUUCACAAGCUGAUCAAGUAACUUAUAUUCGGUAUCCUCGUGUGAGGAAUAAACAAGACCCUUGGGUCACCGUGACCCAUAUAACUCCACGGGGGAAAUUGGAAGGAGUUUCGGAUACGGCUGCGAUGCAACAAUCCUCGAGCAGUGCCAUAGGUGAUCUUCAUGUUGAUGGAAGCGAAAUCGAUCUUGUUGUUGAUUUUACUGGUGUAGGUGACAACGAAGUAUUCUCAGAUUCGGAGUCGGAGAAAGAAGAAUUCAACGAAGACUCGGUUUCUUCAGAAUAUUCAUCUAAUUCGGAUUAAUUAAAACUUUUAUAAGUUAGAAAGAUAUUAUAUAUUUUGUAAUGUUUAAGAGGAAAUAUUUUUUAGUAAGUCUGAGUACUUUUUAGAAAUGUUUUUCAUAUGUUUUAUUUUAUUUUAAUGAAUGUUUCAAAGCGGAUUUUUUUUUUAAAAACAAAAUCUUCAAUAUUUUUUAAAAACUUUUAUAAGUUAGAAAGAUAUUAUAUAUUUUGUAAUAUUUAAGAGAAAAUAUUUUUUAGUAAGUUUGAGUACUUUUAAAUAAAAUAUUUUUCAUAUGUUUUAUUUUAUUUUAAUGAAUGAUUCAAAGCGGAUUUUUUUUUAAAAAAAAUAUUCAAUUUCCGACGGAUUUCUGACUGGCUUCGGUCGGAAUGUUCUGACCGAUUUCCAACCAUUAUGGUGGUCGGAAAGCGUUAUAUAUAAAUCCAGAAACGCAUUAACCCUAAUCCGUAUCCUCCCCCUCUCGACGAAAUCGCCUCCUUGUUUCAUCCCCGUCGAUCUCCCCCUCCAUUCUGCGUCGCUCUCCCCCGCCGUUCUCCGUCGCUCUCCCCCGCCGUUCUCCGUCGCUCUCCCCCGCCGUUCUCCGUCGAUCUCGCCGUCCCUUCAUUCCCAUCUCUCUCCCUCUCUCUCUCUCGAAAAUCUCAGCCGAAAGAUGUAAGUUUUAUGAGUUUCGUUUGUUUAGUUUAGGUUUUAGGGCAAAUGAUUUCUCGUUAUGAUGUUGAUAGCUUCUUGUCCUGCUUCGUCUGAAUGCUUGAUUAUCGGUUUUGAUUAUGGAAAAAAUUCCCGUCUAUGAUUUUGAUAGAUUCUUGGUCUGCUUCGUGUGAAUGAAUCAUCGGUUUUGAUUUUGUCAAAUGAUUUUUUGUGUAUGAUGUUGAUAGCUUCUUAUAGGUUGUGGGAAUUAAAACUCUAAAAGUACAUAGAUUUUGAUCGGUUAUGUUGUUAACUCUCUGUCAAAAACAUUUCAUUUCUUGUUCUAAGUGUUAAUUUUUUUUUAACUCGAGGUCUUAUGCGGAUUUUCUCGCCGGUUCUUUUCCAUCUUCCUCAUCUGCUGGUCUGGGUUCCCCGGCUGCACAAGGAACAAGUGUCCCUCAGCCACAGCCAGCAUCAAUCAUCGAGGAUAGGUUACUGAACGAGUU